AUGGGCAAAAUCAGUAAUGGAUUUCGGUUCAGGCCGACAGACGGCGAAUGCAUAGCUUAUCUCCUGGGUUUCGUCACUGGGAAUUCCCCUCCCUCCCACGGCUUCAUCUCCAUAGCCGACCUCUACGGCCAAACGGAGCCUUGGGAGCUGUUCGAAAAUUCCGAGGUUAAAAGCCGCGGCUGCCGUUAUUUCUUCACGAAACUCAAGAAAGUCGGCGCCAAGAAAGGAAGGAGUUACCAGCGCUACUCGAGGAACGUCGGGACCUGCGGCGGGAAUUGGUCCAACAAAGGCCAGAAAUCAGACAUCAUCGGCCCCAAGGGCAACAUCGUUGGGCACUCUAGAACCUUCCGCUACCAGCCGAGAAACUCGGACGACGUGGGCCCCACGCACGGCGAGUGGGCCCUCAAGGAGUACUCUCUUUCCGAGGACACGGUGCUGGGACUUGACGAGGAUCGGCGGGACUACGUUCUCUGCGUACUCAAGAAGAAGAAGGAGAAAAAGACAAUAACAAGUGGCGGUGUCCAACCCGUCGAAGCAGAUUUUGACUAUUUGGUUGCCACGCUGGCAGCCACGUCUUCAGAUAGACGGACACCGGUCGAGGAUGAUGUGGCAGCCCUCGAAACUAAUGAGGUCAUGUGGCCGUCUGUUAACGAGAGUUUGCCGACUAUGCAAACGUGGACUGGGGUUAAUGAUGUGCCGUUUGCAAGCAGUUCGACACAAGACGGGUUUCUCGAACAUUCUAUUGGGUUUGGAGAAGCUACUGAACAAGAAUAUUGUUAUGAUGAUCAGCAGCUCAUACAGGCCAUGGCGGUGGCAGGUGACAAGAUCGAGUGGCCAUCUGGUUUCGAUAGUUUGCCGACUAUGCACACGUUGACUGGGAUUAAUGACAUCAUGCCACCUGAGAGCUGUUGGCCACAAGUUCAUGAUUUAGGGAUGCUGGAAUCUGUCGGUUUUGUAGAAGCUAAUAAUGAAGAUUGUUCUCAGAACGAGCUGGCGACAGGUGGCAAGGGCAUGUGGCGUUCGAUUAACGAGAGGUCGCCUCUGCACAUGUGGAGCAGGUUUGGUGAUGAUGUGUCGCAGGGCGACAUAGUAGUGGGUCGCCAUCAGAAUGAUCAGGUUUACGUGGAUAAUUGGUUGCGUGCAAACGGCAAAUGGGUUCCACAGCCAGCCCGGCCGGUAUACUGA